AUGAGUCCGGCCAUUGUGCGAGCCGAGCGAGCAGCGCAGCCCAAAGAAGAACUACCUAGGUUAUUGGGCUCACGCCCGGAGCAGAAUGAUCCUCACUGCUGCAGGGAAAUCUCCCUGGCUGGUCGCGUGUGGGAACUUUCCCAGGAUUCCAAAGGAUGUCGGGAAGUGCAACUUGCGAUUGAAGAAGCUUCAGAUGAUGUACGCAGAGGCUUGCUUGCAGAAAUCGCUGGCCAUGUGCUGGAUGCCAUGCGAUGCCCACAUGCGAACCACGUCUUGCAGAAGUGCAUUACUUGCUCCAGGCCUCAAGAUUGCCAGUUCAUUGUCGACGAGAUCAUGGCUUGCAACGGUUUUGUGGAACUCGCAGCACGCCAUAAGUAUGGCUGCCGGAUCAUACAGAGGCUUCUUGAGCGUUGCCCACUCCAGGUAGAGCGCAUUGCUGCCGCUAUUUUGUCAGACGUCAGUGGCAUCGCGCGCCAUCCAUAUGGCAAUUAUGUCUUGCAGAAUUUGCUGGAACAUGGAACUCCAGCCCACCGACACAGGUUAGCUGAGGAGCUCAGGCAGGAGAUCGUAGCCAUUUGCCAGGACUCCUUCGGCAGUGCAGUGGUGGCAGCUGCCUUGUCCAAGCUUUGUAAAGAGGAUGCGAUUUCUUUGGCCAGAGCUAUAGUUCAGGAACAGGGACUGCUGACGUUCAUGGCGCACGCUCGCCACGGUCAUGCAGCAGUUCGGACCAUUCUCCAGGCCCUUGAUGGCCCUGACCUGGCGAAAGCCCGGGAGUUGCUUUCCGCAGAACUGCCGUCCCUCAAAGUUUCAAGGUAUGGCAGAGUUGUUGCCAGCUGGAUUGAUACAGAGGGCAGGAAGAGUGCUGUACCAGUCUCAGCUUUAAAACAUAAAGAGAAGUCGCAGCAACCUGCCGGUGUAAUCUUUAGUUGCGAACCAAGCCGUUGA